AUGGGCACCGCAUUGGAUGGCCUCGGUUCGCAGCCCAUCAAUUCCCGCCGCCCAGCGGCUCCGACGCUACCCAGCUUUGAAUUACCGCCUCCACCGUUUGGUCUGUCCGGCGCUGCGGCUCCUAAAUAUCAGACCCAGCACUCAAAUCAACCCCCCGUAUCGCAUCCCCCAGCGAAUGUGAGCGUGGGAAACUUGUUGACGCCUCCCGCGACGAAUCAGUCGGGAGAAACGGGGACCCUUUCGCACUCAUUGCCGCCCUCGUCUGGCAUCUCCUCGGAUAUGCCCCCGGCGUACUGGCCUGGCACCAGCCCCUACGGAGCUCCAGGAGGUGGACCAGGUCAGUGGGCAUCGGGGCACAAUGCCGCUUAUUCUGGACGCAGCUCCUUCUCCCCCUCUGGCUUGACUCGUUCAGGACCUGUGACAUCGCCGCCCACGACAGAUGGGAUGUCGCAACCUUUCGAGGCGCCUCCAAUGGCGUCCUUUUCGCAAGCCCUUCCCGCGCCAUCCUCCACUCUUGCUCCCGGUCCGCAUUCUGUCACCAUGGGCCUCUAUCACUCCGGCCACACGGCAUCGACCGCACAUCUGCCAUCGAAUGACCCAUACAAUCAGAAAAUGCAUUCCCUAUACGCCGCCCCGAGCCAUCAGACCGGAUUUUCUCCCAUCUACGCAGGUCCCAAUUCCCUGGGUGGCCACGGAGGCCUUGGAAUCCACCCCGGCUCGCGCAUGCCUCUCCAAAGUCCCGGUGGCCAGCCUCCUUUGACCUUCCCUCGCCAGCCCUGGCCGUCUUAUUCCCUCCCCGCGAUGUCUGGCCCCAUCAUGACCAACGUCCACAGUCCUAAUAGUCCCAUGUCGAUGAUGGGAGGUAUGCAAUCGGGCAUUCUGCCUGGUUUCAAUAGUGGGCAUAUCGCCAACACGCAGCAUCUCUACGGGGCCCACCCAUCUGCCCAUCAUGGUAUGCCGGGCCCAACAGCCGACCGACCGUUCAAGUGCGACCAGUGCCCACAGAGCUUCAAUCGCAACCAUGACUUGAAGCGUCAUAAGCGAAUUCAUCUGGCCGUGAAACCGUUCCCUUGCGCCCAUUGUGACAAGAGCUUCUCGCGCAAGGACGCAUUGAAGCGACAUAUCCUGGUCAAAGGUUGCGGCAAAGAUGGUGAUUCGGAUGCGAUCAGUAAUCAGACCGGCACCGACGGCACGAUCAAAGGCGAAGGCCGCAGUGAAGACGGCAGCCCCGUGAUGAAUGGGCGUAACUAG